UAUAAAACGACUUUGACAAGAUAUUGAGAUGAAGAUUUCCUCCAAGAUGCCCGCUUGAUUGUGCGCAUCCAAUUGUAUAUUCUCAAUUUACUCGCUAACACGGACUUGUUUGCCCUAGAAGACCUCUUCCAGGAGGGACUCUUGAGAAGCCCAUACCUUUCAAGACUCUACAAGACUCCAGACGACUCACACCACGAUCCCCACAUCCUCAUACCUGCCACCACUUUCUCAUCAUAUUCGGUCCUGAUUCUCAGACUGGGAAUAAACUUCAGGAACGUCAGAAAAGAAACCGGCUCCGAUCUAGCAAACGUUCCGUAGCCGCCGCUAAUGACAGGUCUACUGAACACAGUUGUGCUUCUAGGACUCAGCAUAUUCAGAACCGACAUGUACGAGGGACAAUCACCGCCACAUCGAGAUGGCGGUCAACAUAACAGUAUGAGGCUCUGCUGUAGAACGUAUACUCGGUUCCAUCGGAUAUCUUUGGUCGUCGAGGUGACUCUACUAACAAGUUACACAGUGACUCUACUGCUCAACUAAGUUGAGAGUGUGUGAUUCAUUUUCGCGGCCACUGUAUCCUGGACCGACCCAAGGGAUUAUAAGGUUUCGGUAGCCGCAUCCGAUGUUGGACAAGUUGACAUCGUCUGAACGGACUUUUACCCCUUCUGUCAAAAGAUGAAGAGAAGUGUCGAGUUAAAGAUCGCCCUGUGCACCGCCAGAUCGCAUCCCGUGACAGUGGGAUUUAUACUGCAGAAGAGCACCACCACUGGACUGGUUCCCGUAUUUCGCAAUUGACUCAGCAGUCCGCCGCCGCCUCUGCAUCGGUCUGGAACAGCCAAUCUCCUCCAUGUUUGAACCACCUUUUUUAAUUUUUUUUUAGGUGAAUCCUUGCAGUGGAUCUGAAAGUGCCGGAGAAGGCUUGCCAAAAGAGGCUCGUCGCCAAAAACCCCUGGAAUACGGUGGAUACGGCAUAGACGGUCCGGUAUACAAUGGACAACACCGACUUUUAUGGCGGUAGAUGGUAUCUACAAACUGUUGAUGUUGCACUGUUGAGUAUAUCCGAGUCUUGUCCGAUCUCGACAAAAUCCAUGGGGUUUUCGAUCGCAUUCUGGACAUCGAAUUGCGGGGAGAAAUCGGGGUAAGACGGCUGAAAGUCCAGACUGACACACUGGCAGCGUGGUAGCAACCGCUUAAUCGCCCGGAGACGGGCGCCGUAAGCAUGGCGCGAACGGGGGUGACAGGGGAACGAAUGCUGCCUCUUGGCAUCAAGAGCUGGGAUGAUGGAUAGUGGCCAAGAAGCCAAGGGGACCUGGGCUUGCUUCUGGCCUGCUUCGUUUGCUCUUUUGAAAGUUCCCAUCUGGACCGACACGAAGUUCAAAACAGAGGCCUGCGCUCCCUUCGAGGCAGCAAUAGCGCUUGAUUAGAACGCCUUGCUGACAACCUUGCGACGACUUACCCCUUACGCAAUUCCUCGUUGCUCAGGCUCUCACUUACGUACGCGUGUGGAUCCAGUCCUACAAACAAUUCCUUGUCGCUCAUUCGUUUGUUCCCCAAAGCUGCCACAGCAGGAGCUCCGAUACAACGCAGGCAGUCAAUAUACCUCCCUUGAGCACUCGGGCUUCAGAUCUGUUCGUUUUCCGUAUCUUCUAGGACCAAGCUUGUUGUGUCCUUUACCCGCAUAGGACCUACAGAGUCUUUGACAGAUAUCUGCUUAACACUUAUAAGGCACAGCCUCUCUCUUGUUGUUUGUUUCCCUUUUGGACGACAUCAAGAACAACACGCGGCUCCACAAAGCCCCUUACCCCUUUUCUGACCACCCCAAUGCUCUCUUGAUUGGUAUUAGCCAGUCCAAACCUCUUCUCAUAGUCCAUUCAAAAUGGCAAGUGAGGUAGAGAGUAUAGGGAAAUCAGAUCCCACCCAAGUUUCUGAAAACAACAAACCGGACUCUCUCGAUCAUGCCACCAACGAAAAGAACGAUGCGCCUGCUGUGACACCACCACCCAAGGACCCUCAGGCGCGCCCUGAAAGAGAGGCUACUUUCAAGGACUACCUACGGGUCUUCACCUAUGCGACAAAAUGGGACUUUGCCAUGAUGGUGGCCGCUGGCGUGGCUAGUAUCGGCGCUGGUACCACGAUGCCGCUCAUGAACAUUGUCUUUGGAAGACUGAUUGGCGACUUUAACAACUACUUCACCCCCGCUGCUCAGUCACAGUCGGAUUUCGAGGCACAAACCAACAAGAUGGCGCUGUACAUCUUUGGUCUGUUCAUCGCCCGCUUCGGCCUCAACUACAUCAACAAGUUCUGCUUCCGUCUCAUCGGUAUCCGCAUGUCUGCCGCUAUCAGAUUGCAUUACAUGAGAUCUCUCUUUGGCCAAACGAUUCAUGUGCUUGACUCGAUGCCCUCUGGAGCCGCAGCCAGCACCAUCACCGGAACAUCCAACACGCUGCAGCUCGGUAUCUCAGAGAAGCUGGGCACCUUCCUCGAGUUUUCUUCCACCAUCACCACCGCCAUCAUCGUCGCUUUUACUUACGAUUGGGCCCUCGCUCUCGUUACAUCCUCCGUCAUUCUAUUCAUUGCUUUGGUCAUCGGCACCAUGCUCCCUUUUAUUCUCAAAGGUCAAACAAGGCUCACCAAGGCCGAGGCAAAGGGCACAUCUGUCGCGACAGAGUCCUUCAGCGCCAUCAGAAUGAUCAGUUCCUGCGGCGCAGAGUCUCGCAUGGCGAAGAAGUACGCCGAAUGGGUCAAGAAGGCGAGACAAGCCGCCCAGUUUUCCUCUCCCUUCUUCUCGAUCCAGUUUGGCGGCAUAUUCUUUGGCCUGUACGGUUCUUUUGCUUUGGCUUUCUGGUACGGGAUGAAGUCUGUGGUGGAGGGACGGAUCGACAACAUUGGGACGAUCAUCAUUGUGCUCACAUCUGUGAUGAUGAUGGUCAUCUCUCUCGAGCGCAUCUCCACCCCGCUUAUUGCGGUUUCAAAGGCUAUGGUUGCUGCUGCCGAGUUUUUUGCUGUUAUCGAUGCGCCAAAGCCGAAGAUGGGAACGCUCAAGGAGCCGGAUGUGACUGCGGAUCAGGAUAUUGUUUUUGAGGACGUGGUGUUUGCUUACCCGAGUCGGCCGUCAAAAAAGGUGCUGGAUGGGCUUAACUUGAGGAUUGCGGCGAAUAUGAACACGGCUAUUGUUGGGCCUUCGGGGUCGGGGAAGAGCACGAUUGUGGGGCUGAUUGAGGGGUGGUAUACGCUUCAUGAUCAGUAUGUUAUUGCCAAGGCUGUGGCGAAGGAUCCGGCGAAGGAGAAGAAGGAGAAGGAGAAGGAGAAGAAGAGGAAGGAGGGGAAGGUUGUUGAGAAGAGUGAGGAUGAGGAGGAGGAUGAACCGGCGCCUAUUGAUGCUGAGGAUGUUGGUCCUCCUGUUGAGCUGAGCGGGAGUAUUUCGACUUGCGGGAAGGAGUUGGGGGAUAUUGACAUCAAGUGGUGGAGAUCGCAGAUUGGUCUUGUUCAGCAGGAGCCCUUCCUGUUCAAUAAUACCAUCUUUGAAAAUGUCGCUACUGGGCUUAUUGGGACUGAGCAUGAGAAUGCGUCCAAGGAAGAGAAGAUGAAGUUGGUCAAGGAGGCUUGUGCUGAGAGUUUUGCUGACGAGUUUAUCGACCGGUUGCCGGAUGGUUAUGAGACCCAGGUUGGAGAUUCCGGUGCCAAGUUGAGCGGUGGGCAGAGACAGCGCAUUGCUAUUGCCCGGAGUAUCAUCAAGAAGCCCAAGAUUCUGAUUCUGGACGAGGCUACCUCUGCCAUUGAUGUUCGCGGAGAGCGCAUCGUUCAGGCUGCGCUCGAGAGAGCCUCCAAGGGCCGCACCACCAUCACUAUUGCCCAUCGGCUGUCUACCAUCAAGAACGCAGAUCGCAUUGUUGUCUUGCAGAACGGAAAGGUCGCUGAAGAAGGUACCCAUGACGGUCUUCUUGCCAACGAGCUCGGUGUCUACUACGGUCUUGUUCACGCCCAGAAGCUGUCGCUUGGUGAGGACACUGGCGAGGAUAACCUCCAGGAGGAAGAUAUCGCUGCCGUUCUGACGAGGGAGAAGAGCGCCGCAAUCUCAGAAAAGGACGGCACCAAGAAGAGUGUUCCCGUUUGGAAGGAUCGCAACCUCAUCAAUGGUUUUGGCAAGCUCCUGUCAGAGCAGAAGAGCAGGUUUCCCUUCUACAUCAUCGCCCUCAUCGGUGCCAUGGGAGCGGCCUCUGCUAUUCCCAUUCAAGCUUACCUCUUCGCUCAAGUCGUCGGCGUCUUCCAAGACCCCCUCAAUCUGCUGGAAGGAGCCACAUUCUGGUCCAAGAUGUGGGCUGCCCUCGCUGCCGGCGUGGGCUUCAGCUACUUCCUCACAACCUACGUCUCAACCAGCGUCGAAGGCUUCAUCUCGGCUGCUUACAAGCAAGAGUACUUUGAAUCAAUCCUCUUCCAACCCACAUCCUACUUUGACAAAGACGACAAUGCCACUGGCCAGCUCACCGCCCGGUUAUCGUCUGACCCUCAGGCCUUGAAAGAAAUGCUCGGCAUCAACAUCAUGAUGAUGCUCAUCGGCGUCUUCUCCCUGAUCGGCGCCCUUGCCAUCUCCUUCGCUUUUGGCUGGAAACUCGCCCUGGUAGCCACCUGCGUCACCGUCCCUAUGGGUUUGCUGGCGGGGUACUACCGCAUCCGUUACGAGCUCCAAUUCAACGCCAUGAACGAAGCCGUCUUCCAGGAGUCGUCCAAGUUUGGCGCCGAGUCCAUUUCCGCCUUCCGCACUGUCAGUGCUCUCGUCAUGGAAGACAGCAUCUGCAACCGGUAUUCCAACCUCCUCAACGGGCACGUAACCGGCGCGUACAAAAAGGCUCGCUGGACAACCUUCAUCUUUGCCUAUGCUGACUCUGUCGGGCUGGGCUGCACCGCUCUCAUCCUCUGGUACGGCGGCCGUCUCCUCGCCGCAAGGGAAUACGACGUCAUCGCCUUUUUGGUUACCUACAUGGCCAUGAUCCAGGGUGCUGAGUCGGCCGGUCAGUGGCUUUCCUUCGGACCCAACGCUGCGCAGGCUGCUGCUGCGGCGAACAGGAUUUUGCAGGCGAGGGAUAGCAAGAUUAAGGAUUCCAUCUCCGCGGCGGAGCAGAUUCCCGACACGGAGGGGGGAAUUGCUAUUGAGUUGAGGGAUGUUUUCUUCAAGUAUCCCACGAGAGACGUUUCCAUCUUUCGGGGUUUGAACAUCACGAUUGAGAAGGGCCAGUUUGCCGCUCUUGUUGGUGCGUCUGGGUCGGGGAAGACGUCGAUUGUUUCGUUGCUGGAGCGGUUUUAUGAUGUGGAUAAGGGGCAGAUUUUGUUUAACGGGAAGGAUAUCUCCGAGGUUAAUGUUUUUGAGUACCGGAAGUUGUUGUCGCUUGUGGCGCAGGAGCCGUCGCUUUUCCACGGGACGAUUAGGGAGAAUAUUCUCCUGGGUGUGGACCCGGAACAGGUCAGUGAGGAGGAGCUGCAUAAUUGCUGCAAGGACGCGAGUAUACAUGAGUUCAUUAUGAGUUUGCCUGAGGGGUAUAACACGAAUAUUGGGAGCAGGGGUGUUAGUCUGUCGGGAGGGCAGAAGCAGAGGUUGAGUAUCGCGAGGGCGUUGAUUAGGAAUCCGAGGGUGUUGUUGUUGGAUGAGGCGACUAGUUCGUUGGAUUCGGAGAGCGAGAAGUUGGUCCAGAAGGCGUUUGAGAGGGUUGCCAAGGGGAGGACGACGGUGGCGGUGGCGCAUCGGUUGGCGACGAUUCAGGGGGCGGAUGUGAUUUAUGUGUUGGGAGAGGGGAAGGUGUUGGAGAAGGGGAAUCACAAUGAGUUGUUGAGGAAGAAGGGGGUUUAUUGGCAUAUGUGCCAUAAUCAGGCUUUAGACCGUUAG